CAUAGGUGGCGCCAGAGGUUCCAUUGGUUCCAUAAGCCACUGCUUCACAUGUGCUCGUGUUUAUGACUGCCACCAUCGCUCGCCGAAACAACCAAAUCGACAGAUCGGCCGGUGGUGUCACGUUACAUGAUGGGGGGAAACGACAGAAAAAGUGGCAAAAGACUCGCAUCUCAAGACCAGCAGAGGAUUCGGGAGCUACUCGAUGAAGUUUUGGACAAAUGCACGACGAUGCCGUCGGGGGACGCGAAGAAGGAAUGGAAGGACUUCUUAGAAGUUCAGAAACUGCUGCAAGAAGUUCGGGAUCUGGAAAAACCUUUAGCCCCAAACUUGCCAAAGCGAUCCAACAAGUGGCCAGCUUUUCUUAAAUGGUGCUCUGAUAAUGGUGCUUACCUUGGCGGUGUGUCUAUAAAGGACCUGCCUGAUGGCGAAUGCGGCUUUGUCGCCGAUGAACAAAUCGAGGAGAGCAACCAAUUCCUUGGUGUGCCAUUGAAGCUCAUGAUGACCACAGCAGCGGCGAAGAAAUCUAAGCUUGGUCCUCUUUUAAGAGAUGAUCCCAUUAUGAAGAGCAUGUCCAAUGUAUCUUUGGCCAUGUUUCUCAUCCUUGAAUUUUGUGCUGGUGAAUCAUCCUUCUGGCACCCCUACAUAUCAACUCUUCCAGCGUCAUUCAAUACUGUCUUGUAUUUCAGCGUUGAAGAACUUGAACUCCUUUGUGGGUCAACUGUAGUCGAUGAAGCCUUGAAGUUGCACAGGAGCAUUGCUAGACAAUACUCCUAUUUUCACAAGAUUUUUCGGACACACCCUCUUGCCAAGAGCCUUCCUUACAAGGACUGCUUCACAUAUGAUCUGUACAGGUGGGCCGUGUCUGCUGUGAUGACGCGACAGAACGCUGUACCCUCGACGGACGCUGCUGGUGGUGACGAUGGCACUGACGCCAUGACGGCUCUGGUUCCGCUUUGGGACAUGUGCAACCACAGCGACGGCAAGGUAUUGACAGAUUACGACUCGUCAGCCAACAUGCUGCGUUGCUAUGCCAUGCGGGACUUCCAGACAGGCGAGGAGGUGACCAUCUUCUACGGGAAGCGCACCAACGCCGAGUUCUUCAUCCACAAUGGUUUUGUGUUCCCGGACAACCGAUACGAUGCCGUGGACAUCAAGUUAGGUGUGAGCAAGCAGGACCCGUUGUACGCCAUCAAGGCGAAGCUUUGCGAAGAUCAUGACCUCACUCCAAGCGGAACCUUCGCACUCGUCGCCCGAGAGCGCCCGGUGUGUGAAGACCUCUCGACGUUCCUCAGGAUCCUCGUGCUGAAGGACGCCUCUCAAGUGGCGACGUUCACUGACGAACACAUUAUGAGGGCGACCGACGACAACGCUCAGCAAGCGCUCAACUUCCUGAUUGUCCGCAUCCAGCUCCUGCUCAGGGCGUUCCCAAAGAGCGACCAGGAGUACCAGAACAUCAUCAACGACAAAGGAUCUAAUGCCCGGCUCAAGAUGGCGUCUCAACUGAGAUUGCUGGAGCGCAAGAUCUUGACCGCCGUGCUCGAGACCCUUAACAACUGCGCAAAACAGCGCACCCAAUCUUAAAUGCUGAUCUGCUUCUUCACUGAACCCGCGGUGUAAACACCGCAACCGCAUCACAUCGCGUCAACAUAGUUUUUUUUUUAAUCGCUGCAAUUCUGCCGUUACUACAAUACCAUGUUCGCCACCUGUCAGUUUUACUGCGUGAACAAUAGCUAAGCCACAGCAGGUGCAUGAGCAUCGCGGAUUACCAUGUGCGUGCAGAUUUACGUGCUUCUUUGCCGAGAUGCUAGGGCUAACGGUAGGGUGGUAUACCGCUCCACGGUUAGCUGCGCGUGCCUUCCAUAGCAAAGCGGCAGAGCUUGCAUGCUUAAUAGCUAAGCCACAAUAGCUACAUGCGCAGCGCGUAUUAGCCGCCGCGUGCAAACUACCGCGAGCCAUUGCCGAGGUUUACCGCUCUCUCUAAAUGUAGAGCGGUAUACCGCCCUAAAAUUAGCGGUAGAGCGUUUUAUAGCAGAGCGGUAUACCUCAAAUGCUGAAGCAUUUGCUGUACCGCUCUACCGUUAGCAAUACCGUCUCGGAAACUAAGCAAAUAAUUUUGCAAGUGCUUAAGCCGUACUGCGAAAGCACAUCCGUUGUGAAUUGGCUAUUGUCGCGCGUUCUCACAGGUGGCGGAGAUGGUAUGGCAGUAAGGAUAGAGCAGUAGCAGUACGCUUAAACUCUCAGAUAUGAGCGCAGGUUCAGCGUCAGAUUCUGCAGCCUUUCAGCGUGGCGCUCUGAGCUUUUAUCAAGGGCGUGUCGAAGUGCACGUUGCAGCCCACCGGAGGUGUCCCCCUGCUGUGCCUAAAAAAAGGAAAGAAAACUUCGUUUGCAAAUGCCAGAACUCUUAUUUAUUUACUGAAUAAAAGGGGUCAGAAUGCA